AUGAGUUUGUAGUUAAAUGGAAUUCUCCUUAAAUAGUUAACAUUGUAACCCAAGUUCGAAUCACUCUUGAACCUAAAUUUUGCUUCAUGCAUAUUAUUGUACUUGGAGCUGAGCUCUAGCAGAUUUCGAGCUAAGUAAAUAAACCCAACUGAACUCGAGCAUUCGGGCUCAGCUUGUUUACACCCCCUACAUACGGAUUAUUUCAUUCGGCCCCAAGUCCGUCGUCAAAAGACUCGAGCCUUGACUAGCGAGUCCUCGUAGCAUCAACCUCCGGACUCCGUCUGUUCUAAAAUCUAUCGGUAAUAUAAGCUUCGUUCCUUAAUUUUGGUUUGACCUAAAGCUUGAUUUUAAUUUUUAAAACUUUCAAAGCAUCCAGUCCUUGAGAGUCGGGAAUUAGUGUCUGCAGUCUUGCUCUAAAUCUCAAUUUGGACAUUUACCAUUUUCAAUUCGCCUCAUUUAGGUAUAUACAACACAUAAUUGUUUAGUAAACAAUCAUGGGAGAAUUCGUGGCACUCUCACAGUCCUCCAUACUACUUCCUGAUUUCCGGGUCCAAGGUUGGUGCCAAAGGCAGCUUUCUCUAGGUCAUCAUCAACCAUCAUCAGUGAUGCCCUUGUCACUGCAUGUUCUGACUAAGGCGAAGAGAUCACUUCUUGAGUUGCGUGCACAGUCUCCACGUAUUUGCACUCAUGAAAACAUAUUCAAGUGGGGUGUCCAUGCUGGUGUUGUGUCUGACUUUAAGGCUGCGUCCAACUUUGCUACUGAUUCAGCUGGAGUAGGGCAUGACGUUUUACCAGAUUCUGGUGGUAAUGGUGCUGGAGAUGUCCCUAAUGGUGGUUCAAAUGACAAUGGAGGUCAUGGCGGUAAUGAUGAUGGUAGUAAUGAAGGGGAAUCUGAUUACAGCAAAAGGAAAGCAGGUCUUUCCAUGUCACAGAAGUUGACAUUGGGGUUUGCUUUCCUUGUUGGGGCUGGUGGAGUGAUGGGCUUUUUGAAGAGUGGGAGCCAGAAAUCGUUGAUCGCCGGUGGAGUUUCUGCUUCACUUUUGUAUUGUGUCUACACCAUGCUUCCAACAAACCCUGUUCUUGCAUCAUCCAUGGGCUUUGUCCUCUCUGCUGGGCUUUUGGGUGUAAUGGGCUCUCGCUUUAUGACAUCAAAGAAGGUCUUCCCAGCUGGUAUUGUCUCCUUGGUUUCCCUUAUUAUGACAGGCGGAUAUCUACAUGGAAUCAUUCGUAGUGUGCAUUAAAAUAGAUGAAAUUGUGCGCUGGGGUCUUCUCUUUAUUGAAACCAUGUUAGUAAUAUGCCAACAGUUGAACUAGUUAUAGACUUCCUACAAUGAUAAGAACCUACUCUAUUUCAAAAUUCCAACUUUACCAUCUUUUUCGAACAAGUCUUUGCAUAUGGUUUGUUUUUGGGGGCUCCCUGUACCAUUUUUUGAACAACAAAUGUAAUUUAAGCCCCAAAAGACCAAUUUUUUAUAGAGACUCAUAUGACUCCCUUAGGGAGUCAUAUGGGGUAUUGUGGUCC